GCGCUCUCCAUCCGCCCCGCACCGACGUCGGCGCGAAGCCGUCCUGGCGCCCGGGGGGAGGGAGGGAGAGCGCGUCGCGGGCGAGAGGAGGCAGAUGCUCGCAGAGGUACGGCUUCUCCGGAGGAGCUCGGCUCUUUGCUGAGCCGCAGCGGGACGCGGGGUGCCGAGGUGUCCGAGCAGCGAGGGCCGUCCGGGAGCCGGCAGCCGCGGAGCGAGCAGAGAGCGGCGGGAGCGCGGCCGCAAAGGAUCAGCUACAAGGUGCCUCUGCAGGAAGACUCCACAAUGAAAAAAACAACCCACUGUUGCUUCUUACUGAUUAUCCUUCUUAUUAGAAUGGUUCCAAGUCUUACUGCUACUGUAAAUUAUACUGAUCCUACCUUAGAGCCUGUAGUAACUGAAAAUUCAGUCAUACGACAGAAGAUAAUAGAUUCGCAGUUCAAAUGCUAUGAGAGGAUGAACAGAGCUCCUCCAUAUAGGAAAAAAGGUCUGUUCUGCAACCGGACAUGGGAUGGCUGGCUGUGCUGGGAUGACACACCUGCUGGCAGAAUCACUGCUCAGAACUGCCCAGAUUAUUUUCCAGACUUUGACCCAACUGAAAGAGCUUCAAAAUACUGUGAUGAAACUGGAAACUGGUUCCGCCAUCCUGAGAGCAACCGAACUUGGUCCAACUACACUCUGUGCAACUCUUUCACCUCUGAAAAAUUGAAGAUGGCGUUCAUACUUUAUUAUAUGGCGAUCGUUGGCCAUGCUUUGUCUAUUACAUCCCUGUUGAUUUCCUUGGCAAUUUUCUUCUAUUUCAAGAGCCUCAGCUGUCAAAGGAUAACACUGCAUAAGAAUUUGUUUUUUUCUUAUGUGCUGAACUCCAUGUUUACCAUUGCCCACCUCAUCAUCGUUGUGCCUAACCCAGGCCUUGUGAAAAGGGAUCCUGUAAGCUGCAAAGUGCUGCAGUUCUUCCACCAGUACAUGCUGGGCUGCAACUACUUCUGGAUGCUCUGUGAAGGCAUUUACCUGCACACACUGAUUGUGGUGGCUGUGUUUGCAGAGGAGCAGCGCUUGCACUGGUACUACCUCUUGGGCUGGGGGUUCCCUUUAGUGCCAGCAUCUAUUCAUGCAGCUGCAAGAGCCAAAUACUUCAAUGACAACUGCUGGAUGAGUGUUGACACUCACUUACUUUAUAUUGUUCAUGGACCUGUAAUGGCAGCUCUAUUGGUCAAUUUUUUCUUUUUGCUUAACAUUGUCCGAGUUUUGGUGACAAAGCUAAGAGAUACCCACCGUGCCGAGUCCAACAUGUAUAUGAAAGCUGUCAGAGCCACGCUAAUCCUGGUGCCCUUACUAGGAAUUCAGUUUGUUAUUAUACCCUGGAGACCAGAAAACCGACUUGCUGGAGAAAUAUAUGAUUACAUCAUGCAUAUAUUAAUGCAUUACCAGGGCUUGCUUGUGGCAACUAUAUUCUGCUUCUUCAAUGGUGAGGUACAAGGGGCUUUGAAGAGGCAAUGGACACAGUACAAAACCCAGUGGGGCCAAAGGCGUCGAGAGCACUGCUCCACUCGAUCUACCUCCUACACAGCAACAUCCAUCACAGAGGUCCCCAUCUACCUGUACCAUCAUGACUCCAACAACGAGCAGCUCAAUGGAAGAUACGUAGACGACUCUGAACUUGUUGCAUUGAAGUCUGGGGAGACAUCGGCCUAGCUGGGCAGCAGCUGCUGCAAACACACCAUUUCAUGUCCUGCUUGUGAACAAAGAAGGGAAAAGAGUGGGGAAUCCAAGUGGAAGAGAGCAAGACUGAGUGACUGGACGCAUGGCAUUCAAACCACAUCAUCCUCUGACAGCAGUGGCGCAGGGAAUCUGGCAUGGAGGAGGGAAUCGUAUUUUGUGCUUCUGAGCAUGGAUGUGCCUGCCAGGUCAUGUCCUUCCCACACCUCCCGUAUCAAGUGAUGAUCCAGCAGCAGCAGCAGUGCCAGGAGCACGCAGCAAAUAGGAAAGAAGGAACUGGUACCUGGCAACUGGAAACAUUCCGCACUUUUUGCUGUCAGUACUUUUCUUUAACAGCAGAUUUUGAGCUAUCAACUUUCACAUGAUGUAACUGGUCCUUUACUUUUCCCCAUUUAAGGAACUUGGUGACUUCUGAAGAGAUUUUGCAUGUUGUGUGACAAAUCAAGCAGAUGAACAGAAAAACUCAUUCCAAAGUUCUCACAUCUUGAUGAUUUCAAACAAAUACCCCAGUGUAUCAUCAUGCCAUUAGCAGGUGCAUAAAACAAAUGACAGUAAAGCUGUAGUUGUAUAUUGAGAUCUCAGACACCCUCAGAGGAGCCAACCAGCUCUCUAGGCUGCCUCUCACAAGUCCUGAAGGCAUCUGAAAAUAAUUUCUUUUCAUCAAUACAGGUAGUUCAAGAGCAUCUAUAGGAAAAAUUGUCACCUAGUUACUCAGCCCAGAAACUCAUUAUUAAGGCAUGAUUCUUUCAUUCUGAAUAAACUGUGAAAAUUGUUUGGAAAUUAUUAUUUUCUUUAAUAGCCACUCUAAGAUGAAUGCUAAACGAGUGGUUGCCUCUAAUAAAAUUCUGAUCAUAGCAGUAAAGGAUACCAGGUAAGAAAUAAGAAACUAAUGUCAUAGCACAGGAAACAUCUGUUUUAAGAAUCUGUUUGCUGUUCUGAGUCCCUUACCGUUGAAGGUGACAGUUUCAUGUAUGAGCCUGUCACCAGGAAAACAAGAUGAAUAUGCAGUUUGGGGAGUAAUGAGCACCUUUUAUCACAUAUUCAAAGCAUCAUUAGAGUCUCUGCGUGAUCACUGAGGCAGAAAUCAGGUCAGGGAGAAGCUGAUUUGUUAUUGUACUGUCGCUGCAGAACUUCUGCAAAUCACAAAAGAAAGACAAUAGGUGAAUUUCCCACAUAAAGCUAAAUGAAAAGAAUCUGAAAGCAGCAAAGCCAGUGCCAAGGAAGUUUAGCAAGACUGUGACUCUUCCAGCAUUUUAUCCAUAUAAGUUUAAUGAAUAUAGUACCAUUCCUUCUUGCAUCUUUGGCAAACGCUCCAGCAGAUCUCCCACUUCUUUGCCUUUUGUUUAGAUGUGCAUGGAAUAUUUCGAAGGCUAACAACUUCAAGGUACUCAUCACAAUCUUUAGCUUUGAAAGAAGUUGGAAAGUUAGUGGUACUCCUUUGUUUUCCCGACUAAUCAUUUACACCUGAUGCUUCCAGCCCAGCCCAUUCAGGAAGAUGUACAUGGUCAUGCAGAAGGCACUUGCUCAUCUAAAGUGUCUAAAUGCCAGCCGUGAGCUAGGUGCUGUAAAAAUGCUGCUCUAUAUGGCAGGUGAAUGGGAUGAGACAGCAUGCCAUCUCUUAAACGGCAGCUGUAUUCGUGUAGGAUUUCUUUCAUUAAUGUAAAAUUUCUUUUUCCUUCGCAUUCUUGCUGUGAUUCAAUCCAUAAUGUUCUUUCUGCUUAGCAUUGCAUAGGGUACUAAAAAUAUCACAGGUUAGAAUAGUCUUAAUUCCAUAUCUUGUCAGAUAGUAAAAGGAGAAAAGAAAAGCUGCAAUGACGUGGCUGAGCUCAGUGUACAUUCAUUUGUAGUUUUAGAGGUCUCAGACUUUCCCUCACUGACACAGCUAGACCUUUCAGUAUUCAUCUGCAGAUUUUAAGUGGCAAUCCACUGAACGUAUCCACCUGCAUGAGCUGCCCUCCCCCUGGCACAGAGCCUACCAGGAAGGAGCUUGAGGGGUAUGUGCAAGCCAGUGCUACGAACUGGAACCAUGUGCCCACCGCACACACAGGAGGAAAACCGGACCUUCCUCCCCGAUGCUGCAGCCGCUGAACAAGAGCAUGGGAACAAGCAGUAUGUGCAGUUCAUCACAUGGUUUAUCUCAUGGAACAGCUGCGAGAAAAUACAGCCCUGUAUAUUCAUUCAAGCCACACACUUCUUCAGACUUAAAGAAACAAAGGCAAUUAUUUUUUCAAGCAGAAUUCCAGGUGUUGCUGUUUCUGCUUAUAGCAGUGAACAGUGGGAAGCGGAGAAUGUAGUCACAAAGUGGCUCUGCUGUGAAUGCUGUGUUUCUGAAUGGUUUGAGGCACACCGUGUUUCCCAGGAGAGCUCCAGAAGGCAAUCUUAGUGUCUGAAGGCACAGAUGAGCUGAUCGUGAAAGAAACGUACAUAACACAGAGAGUUUAAUAGUGAUCAUGUACACAAAAGUACAAGCGGUUUUACAGUCUGUUGUUCAUGUGCAUGUAGAAAAUUGAAAUGCUUUCCCAUUAUACUGGUUGGGUGUUUUUGCUGUUUUUUUUGUUUGUUUUUUUUUCAUUUACCAGUCAUUUUUUUCUUGCUCUGUUCAGUAGAAUGCUCUGAAUUGCCAAAUUUAGGAUGUGGGUUUUAAGAUCUGGUUUUUAGCCUUGGGGUGGAAACACUGCAUGAUUAUGUCAGUCUUUGCGGCAGCGCUGGUUUCAGUGGAGUGACAGUGAUUUGCAGCCACUGCAGAUUUGGUGUUCCAUGCGCACUGAGCUUCCUGUUGGAAUCACCUGGGGUUUGCACUAAGGGCUGUAUUUUAAAGGUAAUUAGUUCAUAAUUUGAAAUCCAAAAUUUUUUUUCCCAAUGAAAAUGCAACUUUCUUCAUCUCAGAAAUAGCCAGAAAUGUUGUCACUGCACAUGUGAGGUAAAUUUCAUUUCUGUGCUUUACAAAAAGCACCACAUACUAAUGACGAUCAUAUUGGGAGCGCUGGUAUGGCCUGAAUAAUUACAGUGUCUUGGCAGCAGGGAGUCCUGUCACUAAUACCUUCACUGGAACAGCAGAAAUGAAUAAUUUAUGUAUUAAUGUAUCAGAACUUUGGAAGGGAGCAGUGCUUGGAUCAGUGGAUUUGAGGUAUAUUUUCAGAGAAAAGCGGCUUUACACUGGGCAACAAUGCUGUCUCUGUUUUCUCUCAGGCACCACACUCAACACACGAAAACUCAGUUUAGUGACCAUUUGUUCUGGAAGAAAGGUUUGUGCAGUUGUUCUGUUUGAACAACUGAAUCUAUCAGAAAGAUUGCUUAAAAAAUAUGGUUUAGCUGAAUUAAAAGAGCAGCAAAGGCAGGACAGUUUUCUCUCUGUAAGUUUGAAAGCAUUUCCACUGCAAAGUGCCGAUGUAUUUAUAACUUAGCAACAUAACUUUCUUCUAGGUUGAAACUAUCCACACCAAUCAGGUGAAUUUCGUCCUCCUUUCCCGAAUCCUCCUCUAUCGU